AUGGGCAGGUUGAAUAUGACAGCUACAAUUGUUUCUACAGUUCUUAACCGUGAGAACUAUAAGGAUUGGAGUUUUCGGAUGAAGACCUAUUUUUUGGCCAAAGAUCUUUGGGACAUCGUCGAAGGCACCGUUAAGAAGCCUCCUGAAGGAGAAGAACAUAAGGCUUGGAAGAAGAAGGAUGCCAAGGCCUUAUAUGCAAUCCAAAAUUCUUGCGGGGAUGAUAAUUAUCCAUUAAUCAAGUACUCAACCACGGCCAGAGAAGCAUGGCAAGAUUUGUCAGAGGGACUAAAGCGAGAUGAAAGACCACAAGAUGAAAGUGCACACAAGCCAGUUGGUGAAGCAUAUCCAAAAGAGUCAGCAUUGGAAGAAGGUUUGAGUGUCACUGGAGGACAUGAUGAGAGCGAUGAGAGCGUUGAGACUCUUGAGAGCAUCCAUAAUACUUUCGCCAAAUAUGUCAAGUCUAAUGAUUGGGAUAAUGCGAUCAACUUUCUUCGCCAACAUCCCCGACUACGAAGUGCAAGAUUUCGAUGGGAUGGUACAGCUCUUCACUACGCAAUCAAUGAGAGGUGCAGCGUGCGCAUUAUACAACAGUUGGUGGAGUUAAUGGAUAACGGACACUUGGAAAUAACAGACCGCUUUGGUUACACAGCUCUUAGUGAUUUGAUAGUUCUGUCUCCAGAAAGCGUUGAAGUAGCUGAAUGCAUGGUUAAAAAGAACCCCAAUUUACUUACCAUUUUACCGAGAUGGUCUCAGAAGGCUCUAGUUGUGGUGGCCCAAGGGAACGCAAAAGGAGAACGAAUGGCUCACUCUCUCUAUUCCCUCACUCCAUCCGAAAAGAUAAAUGUUAUUGAUGCCGCUCAACUUAUUUCUGACAGCUUUCGUCUUCAAAGAUUUGGAUAA